AGUGUCACUGAUACUACGCUACUGUCAAUGCACAUUCAUGAUAGGUAUUCAUAAACUUUGCAAUAUUUUGCAUUGCACUCCACGUGAUUACAAUGAAAUUAAUUAAUGUUUCACAGAGUUUUUGCUUUGCUUUUGUUGACUAGAUUGUGUUAUUAGUUGGAAUUGAAUAUUACCAGUAAUAAAAACUAAAUAAUUGAAAUAUUGUAGCAAAAUUAGUUUAUUUAUUCGUUAAAAAGAUUUUUGAGAGUUUUGCUAGCAUUUCUUCUCUUAGUGUAAAAUGGAUGGUGAAGAUGCUACAUUUGAUAUAAACAACCAAUACUCUAACGGUCACGAUAUUUCGGAAAAUGCUACAAUCUUAGAAGAAGGUUUAAGGGUUUGUCCACUGUGCCAAUCCGAAAUAAAGUUAUUUUUUAUAAACCUAAAUGAAAAGUUAUUGAUGUGCGAAAAUGUUGAGUGUGAGUACCCUUUUGGUCAUGAAGACCUGCAGUUUUUUAGGGCAGACAACUCAAUGGAUGAAGCCUCGAGCAUUCCAAGUAAACCAACCAUAAACAAUACCUCUGCCUCCUGUUCCACAGUGUCUGCCGCUGCUUGGUCAGAAAUAGAUCACAUGAACAGAGUAUUUGAAUCAGAUGAAAGUCAACUGGAAUAUAUUCCAAAAAGGGUCAGCAAAUUCAAUAAGGAGAGAGAAAAAAAUAAGAGAGUGUUGACAAAUUUGCAGUGUAUAAAGGGUUUGAACAAUGAGCUUAAUGAAAUUAAUUGUGGAAGUAAACGAAAAAUUGUGAACAAGAAAUAUAUAAGUAGUUUAAUGAGUCUGCAAGCAAUGUCUGGCAAGGAAAUGCUGCAGCCUGAAGAGUUGAAUAUUCUGAACAAUGAAAAAGGAAUCCCAGAGGUUAAGAUAGAUGUCAACACGGAUACAGAGAACUGCAUGUCAAGUAUUAAAAUAGAGCUUGUUGAUAUCACAAAUCAAGAAAAGUCUACAGAAGAUAAAAAAUAAAGCUGACUAUCGUUAAGUGUAUAAGAUUAGUGCAGGUGUGGCUGUAGCAAUGAUGUGUGACUUUAUUGUUGUUGUAAUUGUAACCCUUUCUGGAACACUAAACAAAACAAGUUUAAUUGUUAUAACAUCUGUAGAUGUAAAGUGUUCUGAAAAGGGUUAUAUUUCAAAGUGAUCUCAAUAUAAUAACCUAGAUGUAGCAUAGUAUUUUUAAGUACAAUAUAUUGUUGAAGACUUUUUAUUUUUCUUAAGGCCUAUUUUACCACUUACUGAAAAGUAUCAGGUAGCCAAUAUAUAGUAUGCUAUCAAACAGUAUUAAAUAUUAUGAUUCACAAGUAUUGGAUAGGUAGGAUCACUAAUUCACAUCAGAUAGAUUUAUCUAGCAGUUGGUUUAUUUGUGAUAUAUGAUAUCAAAAAGUGGUGAAACAGACCUUAUGUGUUUUAUAAUAAACACUGAAACUGAA